CCACACACUCACUCAGCCACUCCACUCCAGUCGCCGUCAACCUCAACCCCCUUCCUCCUCCCUCCCACCGGCGGGCGGCGGCCAUGGACCAGCAAGUGUUCCUCGGCGUCUCCUGGGGCAAUUUGCUCACCUACAUGAAGCGCAACAGCGGCAUGGAUCCCGACAUGGAUCUCGACAUGGGCGACUACUAUAACGUGGUGCUCUCCUUCGUGUACGACUACAUCCCCGACCCUCCCGUCUCCCCCACCCCCACACUCCCGCUCUCCGGCUUGCCGCGGGUCCCCGACGGCGUCGACCGCAUCAGCUGCCUCCCGGACAAGGUCCUCCGUAACAUCGUCUCCCGGCUCCCCGCCAAGGAGGCCGCGCGCACCGCCGCCCUCGCCUCGCACUGGCGCCCCCUCUGGCGCUCGGCGCCCCUCGCUCUUGUCGACAGCCACCUGCUCCCGGACGGCGGAGCGCGCGGUCAGCUCGUCUUCGGUGGUCCUUCUCCCCGCGCCGUCACCGCCGCGGUGUCCCGCGUCAUGGCGGCGCACCGGGGUCCCUUCCGCUGCGUCCACCUCACCCGCACCACCAUGGAUGAGCACCGGGGUGAGAUGGCGCGCUGGCUCGACAUCCUCGUCGCCAAGGGGGUCCAGGAACUCGUCUUUGUCAACCGGCCGUGGCCGCUAGAUCUGCGCCUCCCCGCCACGCUCUUCAGCUACGCCUCCCUCACCCGCCUCUAUCUCGGCAUCUGGAGGCUCCCGGACUCCGCCGCCGUACCGCGCGGCGCUAGAUUUCCCAACCUCCGGGAGCUCGGCCUCUGCAUGAUUGCGAUGAAGGACCGUGAUCUGGCCUUGCUGCUGGAAAGAAGCCCCGUCUUGGAGUUCCUCCUCAUCAUGGGAUGUCAGAUCGGAGUGCGCCUUCGCCUCGUCAGCCAAAGCCUGCGGUGCCUUCAGCUCAGCAUGUUCUUCUUGGGCGACAUGGACGUGGUGGAUGCCCCUUGUCUGGAGAGACUUUUUCAGUAUAACACCAACAAGAACCGCUCUUCCAGGAUCAAGAUUGGCCAAGCACCUAAACUUCGAGUUCUGGGAUACCUUGAGCCAGGAGGGCAGGAAUUGAUCAUCGUGGCUGGGAGCAAGGAGAGCAUUGUUCCUAGUGUGCAGAUUUUGGCCAUGGAGGUGCAGUUCGGUGUGCGCAGUGUUGUCAAGAAAGUGCCUGGCUUUCUCAGAUGCUUCCCCAACCUGGAGACGCUCCACGUGCAGUCUCACCACAUAUCUGAAGAGCCCACCAGGAAGGUCAAUGUCAAGUUCUGGCUGCAGGGCGGUCCCAUCAAAUGCGUCGUGGAGAGCAUGAGGAAGGUGUUCUUGUACGAGUUCUGAGGGUCGAGAAGCGAGGUUACUUUCCUCAAGUUUGUCGCGGAGAGGGCUCGGGUGCUGGAGCAGAUGGUGGUCGUGGUGUCCAGCAAAUCUUUCUCUCCAGGGGAUGAUGUGGGUGCCAAGCUGAAGCCUCUGACCAAUGCAAAAUGAGCGAGUAAAGCUUGCAAACUUGAGCUCUUCAAGAGCCCACCGGCUCAAUGCGGUGUGGCACCCUUCUGUCACAGGCUAGCAAAUGAUUUCUCGUUCCCGGACCCUUUUAACGUCAAAGAGUACUGUGAAGAAAGAACCGCUGAGUUAACUAUAGUACAGUAGCACCCUGACUCUUGUACUCCCUCCUUCCGAAAAUACUUGCCAUCAAAAUGGAUAAAAAGAGAUGUAUCUAGAACUAAUAUAUGUCUAGAUACAUCCCCUUUUGUUCAUGUAUUUCCGGACGGAGGGAGUACAAGACUACUGGUACCUAGCUAGACUUUGUGCUGCUGGACUUGGCAUUGGCAGCAGCUCAAAAACCUGCAUUUCGUGCGAUUUAUCUGGCAGGCCAUUUUUGUAUAGAUUGCACAUUUGCCAAGUCUUAUGAGGCCGGAUGCUUGAGGGAGUAACUAAUAUAAUUAGAUAAAAUGUUAGUGCUA